GUUGUUUCUCGGUGUCUGGUAGAUGCAAUUUUUGUUCCCCUUUUGCGAUCCUUUGCGCUAGAGCUAGCGCGCGCGGUUUCGCUCGUAGUAUGAGCGCACACACGAAUACUGGUGGAGGCCGAAGACUCACCUCAGUGCGGUGGUAUCAUCAAGAGAGACAAAACAGAAUCGCAUCACCAUCAUCAAGAAACGUCAUCGACGACGACGCGAACUGAAGUCAGUAACCGUAACAGUAUCGAAUGAGAACACAUUAAGUUGAGUCUUGAGCCACCCUCUUUCCCACUACGUUCUUGUAACGUCCGAUAACGCGCCACGCCCCCCCUCGUGUCGGAUUGUUUUGGCGUUUCGGCGAUUCGGCGAUUGACAACACCGGUGAUAUGCGAGCACGAGUCAUGCCGGGCGCAGUGUGCAAGUAAGAUCUCUCGAAGAGAAACCUCCAGGAAGACCGGAAGCCGGAAGACAAAAGCCGACGACAUGUCAGCAACGGAACGACCCGGCUCCUAAUACAAGGAGCACGAGGUGUCAGAACCUACUGACCACCGAUCGGACUCGCUUUGUGCAUAGUGCAUAGUGCAUAGUGCUGUAGUGAAACCAUCGACUUUAUUAUUUAUAGAUAUUGUAGAAAAUUGUUCCAACGGAAAGACGCGAACAAACGUAUGAAGCACUCACUCACAAAGAGCGUUCUGUCGUUUGGAAGCUAGCGGUGUGAAAACUGUUCGCGGUGGUGAAUCGGGUGUGUGAUCCUAAAAGACUUUGCGCGGGAACAACUCCGUCUGAGGAGGGUGUAAUAUUCAGUGGGUCCCGUGUACUGUGAAGGUGAAUCGUGUAAAACGUGAACUGCGAACUGUCUCGCGACUCGUGUCAAGUGUUACAAUAAUCGUUCUAAGUAUCUACUAGAAAUCCGUAGACAUUGCCUGCGCCUGCAUGUGUGUGUCUGGUUUCGGUGUCGUCGCUGCAGUUGGCAAUAGAGCAGUGCUAGUUAUCGCGUUUUUCAAAAAAAUCGGCAUUUUAUUUGCUCGUAUCUCUGACGCUGAUAAGCGCCUGGAUGAUUUCAAGUUCGACCAUUUUUCUAGCUCAGUUACACCGGUGACAAUGUAAGCUAAUGCAUAGAAAAAAUACAGCCAUGUAAUAUAUUAUACCGAAUGUUAAUUAAAUAAGUAGUCCAAUUCAUUUGCGUGCGGUUUGUGUGUUUCUUAAUUUAUGUGUUUUGUGCCGCAUUAUGGCCGAAAAAAAUCCGAGAAAAUAAAAAUGGCGACUCUCCUAUUCUGGUUACAAGUGUUCCCGGUGCUGGUGCUGGUGAAUCGCAAUCAAUAGUGAUCAACUCUUCGGCAGCCAUCAACACCGGUUUUAAGUCGAUCACAAACAGGUGAUCGCCUUUUCCUUACGAACGACAAUACUUGUCAGUGACGCCGACCGAUACAGGUCCGCGCAUUGACAACUUAUUUAUUUGCUUCGAGCGUACGUUUAACAUUUUAACCACGGAGGAACACGCGCUAAACAUUAAAGUGGAGCAGGACAAUUUUGUCAGCAAGUGGCUCAACAAUUCAUUCAAAACGGAAACUACGGCACUGGACCUACGCGCCACACCGCUAUCGUUGCAAAUACCGCAGAUGUCUACGGAAGUGCAGCAAUCAAAUAGGUCAAUAUUUAAAAUGAAUGCAGACUUUUGGCAACAGGCGCGCGGUCCGCCUCCUGGGGGUGAUACCAACGACAGUCCUGUGCCCGGAGGUAGCGCCGUCUCUCCGGAUCUGCACAAUACUGGCGGCCAGCAACAACAAAAUCAACAACAACAAAGCCAACAGCAACAGCUACAACAGCAGCAGCAACAACAACAGCAGCAGCAAAUAUCAACUCCUACGCCGACAUCGGGCCCACCAUCACAAAAUCUGACGCCGGGUCAUAUGACCCCAGUCGGACAGCUUACUCCUGGACAAUUAACACCAUCAGGACACAUGACUCCCGGCUCGAUCAACAUGCAAGUUGCUCUUGGACAGGGACCUCCGCAGCAUCCGCCGCAGUCCGCAACUCCUGGUGCAAGUUCGACACCGGAUAACAAGAUGAUGACUGAAAAACUGGUGAACGAAUUUCAGCUGCAAGCUCGCUCAAAUUCUGCAAUCAGCGAGCGAACUUUAGAAGAAUGCUGGUCAACCCUGCAACGAAUAUUCAUGCACAAAAGUGCGAUGCAGAUGCACGCUAGGGAAAUGCAGCGAGGUGUCGCCGGAGUAGCUGGAGGAAUGGGAGUCGUGGGCAUGGGAGCCGAAGUCAAACCGCACCAGUGCCAGCAGUGCCUGAAGAGUUUUUCAAGCAAUCAUCAACUUGUGCAGCACAUACGAGUGCACACGGGAGAAAAACCUUACAAGUGUUCCUACUGCGACCGACGGUUCAAGCAGCUAUCCCACGUGCAGCAGCAUACGAGGCUCCACACAGGUGAGCGCCCGUACAAGUGCCACUUGCCGGACUGUGGACGAGCCUUCAUUCAACUGUCGAAUUUGCAGCAGCAUCUGCGGAAUCACGACGCGCAAGUCGAGCGGGCGAAGAACCGACCGUUCCAUUGCAACAUUUGCGGCAAAGGAUUUGCGACGGAGUCCAGUCUACGGACGCACACAUCGAAGGUCGAUGUAAAUGUAUUUGCAAGCAAAAACAGCAGCUGCAAGCAGCCUGUCAAUGAGUCCGCUAUCGAGAUGCUACUCUGCAUCAUCGGUCGCGAGAUGAGAGCCCAAGGGUUGAUUUGUGCGGAAGAGAAAACCGAUCAACGAGUAACCGAUGACGUAUAUAAUAACACAAAUCAGGACCUUGGCCGAUGCUUUGAUUUACAAAAGAAGUAA